GGCCUUUGUCCAGACAGAGUUCCACUUCCUGUCCCCGCCGCUCUGCGUCCUCUGCUAGCCGUUGGCCGUGUGACCCGACCCGCAGGCACCGGGAGAUCCAGAAGUGAAACGUCAGGCUCCCUGGAGACCAAGAGAUGUGCUUUUAGAGACAUCGCAUCCAGCAACCUGUUUCUCAGUCCUGUGGGUCUAAUAGUUGCUUCACAAGCCACAAGAAAGUGAGGAUAAACGCAACAAUGGAAAGUACCUCCGCACUGUACUUCAUCCUCUCUGUAUCCCUUCCAUCGGUGUGAUUUGUCCAGAGAUCUUUCCUAAGAGGAAAUCCCAGAGAAGCAGGAGAAAGAGAAAGAAAUGGCUGGUGCUCAGACACUGUUGACGUUCAGGGAUGUGGCCAUAGAAUUCUCCCUGGAGGAGUGGAAAUGCCUGGACCCUGCUCAGCAGAAUUUGUACAGGGAUGUGAUGUUGGAGAACUACAGAAACUUGUUCUCCAUUGGUCUCACUGUCUCUAAGCCAGGCCUGAUCACCUGCCUGGAGCAAAGAAAAGAGCCCUGGAAUGUGAAGAGACAGGAGGCAGUAGACGGACAUCCAGAGAUGGGAUUUCACCAUGCUACUCAGGCUUGUCUCAAACUCCUGGGCUCAAGCGAUCUGCCCGCCUCAGCCUCCCAAAGUGCUGAGAUUACAGGUGUGAACCACUGUGCCCAGCCUGCCCUCAAGGUUUCUGUGGACAAAUUCACUGCUAUGUCUUCUCAUGUUACCCAAGACCUUUUGCCAGAGCAGGGCAUACAAGAUGCAUUCCCAAAAUCAAUACUGAGAGGAUAUGGAAAUUGUGGCCUUGAUAAUUUACAUUUAAGGAAAGACUGGGAAAGUUUAAAUGAGUGUAAGUUGCAAAAAGAUUAUAAUGAACUUAACCAAUGUUCAUCAACUACCCAUAGCAAAAUCUUUCAAUGUAAUAAAUACGUUAAAAUCUUUAAUAACUUUUCAAAUUUGCAUAGACAUAAUAUAAGUAAUACUGGAGAGAAACCUUUCAAAUGUCAAGAAUGUGGCAAAUCCUUUCAAAUGUUCUCAUUCCUAACUGAACAUCAGAAAAUUCACACUGGAAAAAAAUUGCAAAAAUGUGGAGAAUGUGGCAAAACCUUUAUACAGUGCUCACACUUUACUGAACAUGAGAACAUUGACACUGGAGAGAAACCUUACAGAUGUCAAGAAUGUGACAAAGUUUUUAAAACUUGCUCAGUCCUUACUAAAAAUAGAAUUUACGCUGGAGGGGAACAUUACAAAUGUGAAGAAUUUGGCAAAGUAUUUAACCAGUACUCCCACCUUACUGAACAUGAGCGUGGUACUGAGGAAAAACCCUGCAAAUAUGAAGAGUGCAGCAGUGUCUUUAUAUCUUGCUCAAGCCUUUCUAAUCAACAGCUGAUUCUUGCUGGAGAGAAGCUCUCCAAAUGUGAAACAUGGUACAAAGGUUUUAACCACAGCCCAAAUCCUUCCAAACAUCAGAGAAAUGAGAUUGGAGGGAAACCUUUCAAAUGUGAGGAAUGUGACAGCAUCUUCAAAUGGUUCUCAGACCUUACUAAACAUAAGAGAAUUCACACUGGUGAGAAACCCUACAAAUGUGAAGAAUGUGGGAAAGCCUAUACGCAGUCCUCACACCUCAGUGAACACAGGAGGAUUCACACCGGAGAGAAACCCUACCAGUGUGAAGAAUGUGGGAAAGUCUUCAGAACUUGCUCAAGCCUUUCUAAUCACAAGAGAACUCAUUCUGAAGAAAAACCCUACACGUGUGAAGAAUGUGGCAACAUCUUUAAGCAGUUAUCAGACCUCACUAAGCAUAAGAAAACCCAUACUGGAGAGAAACCCUACAAAUGUGACGAAUGUGGAAAGAACUUUACCCAGUCCUCAAACCUUAUUGUACAUAAGAGAAUUCAUACUGGAGAGAAACCCUACAAAUGUGAAGAAUGUGGCCGAGUCUUUAUGUGGUUCUCAGAUAUUACCAAACAUAAGAAAACCCAUACUGGAGAGAAACCCUACAAAUGUGACGAAUGUGGAAAGAACUUUACCCAGUCCUCAAACCUUAUUGUACAUAAGAGAAUUCAUACUGGAGAGAAACCCUACAAGUGUGAAAAGUGUGGCAAAGCCUUCACCCAAUUCUCACACCUGACUGUACAUGAAAGCAUUCAUACUUGAGAAAAAAAAAAUAUAAAAAUAGGCACAGCCUUUAGUAUCUGCUCGCAUCCUACUUUACAUCAGUUUGGACGUAACAAAGUUAUUAUAAAUUUAAUUACUAUUGAAAGACCUUUCAUGAAAUAUAAGUCUCCAGAGCACACAAGAGUAUUUCUUCUGAAAAAAAAUGUUACAAUUAUGUUUUAUACUAGAUGGAAGACAUGCAACAGUUGCUUAAACUUCCAGAGAAUUUGUAGAGAAACCCAACAAAUAUCAUAACUGUGGAAUAACAUUUGUUCAAAAACGAUAGCUUAGAAAACAUCAGAGUUCAUACUAAAAGAUAUUUUGCAAAUACAGUAAAUGGGAAACAUAAGCAAAAUUCAAUUUAAGUAAACAUUGGAGGAUUUGAAGAAGAGAGGAACAGAGCACGGACGCGUUCUAAGUAAACACUGGAGGAUUUGAGGAAGAGAGGAACAGAGCACGGACACGUUCGGAAACGACAGUGAAUCCGUGUGUUGAGUCUACGGGGACAUCUCGACUUGAAGUAGAUCGUUCAUUCUUAUUUAAGUUUAAAAGGAGGAUGAGACUGAGUUUUUGUAGAGUUAUAAUUACAUUCAAAAUACACGUUUUUGCAUUGAAAAAUGUUAAAUUUUUGAAAAGCGAAUAUUGAUGUCUUUUAAUCCUCGAAUCAGUUCAUGCUGUGUCUUCAUUUCUGGUGCUGAUGUGAAAACACAUGGUCAGUUGUUGCUGCAUCAGAGAUGUGAGAAAUUCUCUUCUGUUAGGUGUGCAUCACUGAUAUACUUGUCCAUGAAAGGUGAAAGACACUGAAAUGUAAGAUGCGUGAGUAAAAUCUUGGUAGAGGCUGUUUGUGGUUGUUUUA